GUUUACUGAAAACAGGUGACUUUGACAGUUAACACACGUUGUGAAUCGGAAUCACUGAUUUGAAACAAAAGAUUCAUUCAGCACUAGUUUCGAGUACGAUCAGGAACGACACACACGACAGAGAGGAUUAAUAUAAACCACCGAUUAUAGGUUUAUUAAAAUACGGUUUGCAGAAAUCGACAGCCAUAUGGAGAAUGUUUCCUUGUUCGUUGUGUUUUUGUUCUUGAACGGUGUGUUUGCUGAUACAGAGUCCGUGUCAGUGAUGGAGGGAGAUUCUGUCACUCUACACACCAGUCUUACUGAAGUAGAGAAAGGACAUGUGAUAGACUGGAGGUUUGGACCAAACAGCAUUCUCAUCGCUAGAGUCAAUAGCGUAGCUAAUACAGCAAAUGUGUAUACUGAUGUUAUUGGGGAGAGUUUCAGAGGCAGACUGCACAUAAACCAGCAGAUUGGAGAUCUCAACAUCACAAACAUAAGAAAAGAACAUUCUGGGCUUUACAAAUUAAGCAUCCAUGGCAAAAACAUAGACAUGUUAUACAAUGUCAGUGUGGUAUCUGAUAAAAGAGACGGUCUUGAGAUUGUGCAAGUCAUGAAGGGAGAUUAUGUCAUUCUACACACCGAUGCUGCUGAAAUACACAAAUAUCAUCUGAUACAGUGGAUGUUUGGAAACACUGUGAUAUGUUCAUUUAACAAAACGUACCAAGUUCCGCCAAUCUUAAACAAAGUAGAGGUGGAUCGUGACACUGGAUCCCUCAAAAUCAGGAGCAUUAGAACGGAACAGUGUGGGACUUAUAACCUACAGAUGAUCAGCAGCACUCACACCAUACAGAAGAGAUUCAAUAUUACUAUUUUUGAUGAGGUGAAGCCCAUAUCAGCGAUGGAGGGAGAUUCAGUCACUCUAAACUCUGAUACUAAAAUAUAUGAUGAGAUACAGUUCGAAUAUGAUGACUCUAUCAUAGUGGAAAUCAAGAGAGCUUCCCAAAACUUCUCCACAUUUGAUGUUCCUGAUGGGAGAUUCAGAGACAGACUGAAGCUGGACAAUCAAACUGGAUCUCUGACCAUCACAGACAUCAACACUCAACACACUGGAGUCUAUCAUCUACACAUCUUCAACAGCAGACACACUGUACACAAGAGUUUCGUCGUUAAUGUCUGCAAUGCGGUGAAAUACGUAACAGUGAAAGUUGGAGAAUCUUUUACUCUAGACACUGGUCUCACUGAUAUAAAGAAGUAUGGUCAACUGCUGUGGAGGUUUGGAGAGAAUGACACUCUUGUAUCUAAAACCAAUGGAACAGAUCCGCUCUUUUCUAUACCUGAGAGAUUCAAAGACAGAAUCUUUUAUCAUGAAAAUGGAUCUCUCACCAUCAAAGAUACUAGAUUUGAACACGCUGGGUCUUAUCGCAUAGAAAUCAGCAGCAGCAGAAAAACCUUACUGAAGAGAUUCAGUGUUCUUGUCACUGCUUCUACAGUAGCAGACCUUGAACACCCAGGCUCUAUAGCAGCAAUGGUUUUUGGUAUUGUUCUGGUUAUAACUUUGGGUUGCAUCAUCUUUUGCAAAAUAUCUAAAAAGGAAUGGAAUAGAAUCCCACAAAGGGCUGGCCAACAAUGAGGAAAAAUACAGAAGUCACACGAUCUGAGAGGAUCCCAGCAAGAUCACUUUGCAGCUAUUAUAACAUAAUUUAUAUUUGAAGUACUUGAGUUCUAACUAAAACUUUUGGUUGUCUCAAUUGGGGAAAAAUGGCGGCAGCAGGUAGCAGCUUGGCAGGUGCUGAUGCUGAUGCUCUUCUUUUUCUAAAGACAUCUGAAAAACCGCCCGAUCUAAGAUCUGUCCCUAAAACCUGGAUAUAUUGGCCAUUAAAGCCAAUCAAAGCCAAGGCGUUAAAUGUGCUUAUUGCAUCGCUCUACUUGACGACGAUCAUCACUAUGCAAAUGUGUGGGAGUUGGACUGCUGCCAUUGAACGAUCAAUCUCACAAGCAAGUAGUACAGCUAGGCCUGCUACACCCCUCGACUCAUGGAGCCAGUAUGUCAUCUUCUCCAAAGUUCUUGUUGAUGGGCGUGCGAAUGCUCCAAAUAAGCAACUCAAGUCGAGGGCAACAACAGUCUACCGGGUUCGUACAACUUUUCUCUGCAUUAUUCUACUUUUAUGCGGGGAUAUUCAAGUGAAUCCAGGGCCGAUGGAUCUACAACAACCACUGCAGGUGGCGGAGACCGCUCUGACUCACACCCCGCAUGCUUUCAAUACAGUGCAGAUGAUAUAAGGUAACAUUGCUAACAGUGCGCACCCACGUGCAUCUAGGUUUAUCAACACACUGCAACAAGGUAACCGUAUGUCACUACACGCGUUUAAGCCAGCAAAUGAAAGUGGUAAAUUAAACGCUAUGUAGACUAUAGUUGUCUCUAAACAAAGCCAGAUGAAACUAUUUCAGACCGUAAACCAUGCAUCGGUCCUAUGGAACCCAUUGACAAAGCCGAAAGGAAUAUUCGGAGGACAUAUCAACAUACGUAGCAUAAUGUCUAAAACGGAACAGUUGGAACAUCUGCUGUUGGGAUCAAAUCUACAUUACCUGUGUCUUUCUGAGACUUGGAUUACAGCUACAACUCCUGUAUCGGCAUUUAUGAUUCCGGGAUAUAAAGUAUACAGACGGGACAGGGGAAAGGGGGCGGGGUUUUGAUUUACGUAAAAGACCGUAUUGACAGUCACCAAAUAGACAUUCCAGAUCAAACUAUAGAGUGUGUUUGGACCCCCAAAAUUGAUAAAGAUAGCUGUGUACAUACAUGCAACAAUAUUAUAACUGCUAUAAAGAAUAAAGUUGAUAAACAUACACUGCUCAAACAUAGAAAAUCACAUAAAAAGAGUCUCCCUUUGGGAUACAAUGAAACAGAGAGAUAAAGCUCUCAAGGUUUCUCUUAAAUCUAAAUUAACCACUGAUUAUUACAUUUACAAAUCUCUUAGAAAUAAAGUUACCAUGCUGCUUCGAAAAGCAAAAGCAAAUUUUUUCCUUAACUUAAUCAAAGAGGCCAAUGGUAAUUGUAAAAAUCUGUGGAGAAGCAUGGACAAACUAUUGGGAAGGCAAAAAAUAAAUCAGGAGCUUUUACAGCUCAAAAUCAAUGGAAUUGUUCAAAAUGAGAGCUCUAUUUUGGCUAAACACUACAAUGAUUAUUUCUUGGAUUCUGUAUUAGACCUGGCGGAGACUUUCCCUGAA